UCUUAGACACAGACGUCGACAUUAUUUUGGGGAUGCCUUGGCUUGCAAGUGCGGAUCACAUGGUCAACUUCCAUCAGCGGACACUUAUCGUUCGUGACGCCUUCGACGUCGAGGUGCCGUGUACCAUUCCUCUUCCGCACUCCUCGAUCAAGUGCCAAGUUGUACCGGCCAAGUCUUUUCAGGCUACUUGCGCUUACGAGCGGACCGGCGAGAUAGGCCUAUGCUUUCUACGAGCCGCCAUGACAACCGAAUCUUCACCUACGGACUUGUCUUCAGACCCCCGAGUGGUGCGGCUGCUCGACGAGUUCACCGACAUCUUCGAGUCUCCUACCGGUGUGGUGCCGGAUCGGCUGAUCUCCCACGAGAUCAUUCUUGAGGCCGGUGUCGUGCCGCCAAAAAGAUGCAUCUAUCGCAUGAGCAAGGAAGAGCUCGAGACGACAUCCUCGUCUAUAGCCGGACAAUGGAGGAUCAUCUUGAGCACCUUCGACGAGUGUUGGAGACGCUCCUGCCGCGCCAAGUACAAAGCCAACCGCGACAAGUGCGAAUUUGUCCGGCAAGAGCUGGAAUACUUGGGCCAUUUUGUCACAUCAGAGGGCAUCAGUCCGUUGUCGGACAAGAUUCAAGCCAUCCAAGAGUGGUCGGAGCCGAAGACCAUCACAAAUGUCUGUUCCUUCCUUGGCUUAGCCGACUACUAUCAACGCUUCAUCAAGGGAUACUUGAAGAUCGCGACUCCUUUAUCCAAGCUUCAAUGUGAGGACCGGCCAUUCGACUUCGACGACAAUGCGUGGACUUCCUUUUUGUCUCUCAAAGUCGCAUUGCUAUCCGCGGAGGUGUUGCGCAGCUACGAUCCGCUUUUGCCGACACGUGUCACUACCGAUGCGUCCGACUAUGGCAUUGGUGCCGUCCUCGAGCAACAUGACGGUGUGGACAGGCACCCGAUCGAGUACUUUAGCCAGAAAGUGUCCGUCGUGCACUCGAUUGCCGACGCACGGAAGAAGGAAUUAUUGGUCUUCGUACACGCGCUCAAGCGCUGGCGGCAUUUUCUUCUCGGUCGACGACAGUUCCGAUGGGUAACGGAUAACAAUCCAUUGGUCUUCUACAAGACCCAAGACACGGUGUCAGGACUGGUGGGUCCCGAAUAACAUCCCGCCACUCGAGAGACUGCAUAUAACCAGAUUGUGCAUAAUAGAGAAAUCUGGAGUAAGGAAGUAAGAGAGAGAAAAGACAAAGGACUAGGCCACCGGAAGG